AUGACUAUAAAAUCGAAUGAUCCUAAUUAUCGCCCUACAAAUCCAGUUCUUCCACCAUAUAAACCUGAAUCAGUUGAUGAAACUCAAGAACUUUUCGAUUCAAUACCCAUUACUACCGAUAUCGUCAGUGAUGAAAUUUGUAAAGAGAGUUCUUGCAAUAAUAUAGCUGAAAAAUCCGAGACUCAAAAUCAAUCGAAUAUUUCUGAACAAUUCUCAAGCAUUACUGAAACUAAGAUUGAGAUACCUGAAUCUUUAAGUUCUCUAUCUUCAGAAUUUCUCAUUAAAAACAAAUCUGAUGUAAAUAUUCUUAUCUUUUAUUUGCACGAAAAAUUUAAUAUGUCUCAAGAAGG